GUGUUGAAUUUGUGGUUGCCUUCCACGAAGUGCAUACCCGAGGAAGCCUCAGAAAAUGUUUCACACAAGUACACAACGAAAACACUGGACUUUUUCUAGUAAAGAAGAGCUAAGGCAAACUCGGCAGGAGGUAAACAGCGCUUACUGUGAGCAUUUCCGCGAAAGCUUUCCUGCGAAGAAAGAUGUCGACUUUUUGACUGUCGAGGAAGGAAUGAAGUUGGUCGAAUACUACCAAAGUGUUUUGAUUGAAGUCAGUGAAAAGUUUCAACCUCCUGUGCCAAGUGCUGUGACAGCAACAGCUGUGGCUUACUUGAAGCGGUUUUAUUUAAAAACAUCAGUUAUGGAUCACCCUCCUAAAGAAAUGUUCUUAGUCUGUUUGUACAUGGCUUGCAAAGUCGAGGAGCACAAUUUGUCUGUGGAUAGAUUUGUAGAAAUCCUACCAGCGGAUCGGAGGGCAAAGACUAUAGACUUUAUUCUUGCUAACGAGUUACUACUUAUGCAACGUCUUGACUUCCAUUUGACAGUUCACAAUCCGUAUAGACCUCUCGAAGGCUUUAUCAUCGAUUUUAAAACCAGGUGCUUAAGGUCAGAUCCUGAGAAAUGGCGUCCGUUAGUAGCUGAAUUUCUCAGAAAAGCUAUGUUGACUGAUGUUUCCUUACUUUACCCGCCAUCACAAAUUGCUUUAGCGGCACUGUUUAGUGUAUCUCGUGAACAUAUAAGCGCUUACAUAAGUGCAAAUCUGGGUGAACAACAUCAAGUUCUUCUUCGCCAGAUUGAGAUCAUAGUAAGUCUGGUGACGGUCCAGAAAUUUACAGUGAGCAAAGAAGAGACAAAAAGUUUAGAGCAGAAGCUAAAAUCUUGCAGAAAUCCUGAAAACAACCCUGAUAACAAACUGUUUAAGAAAAAGAAAGCAGAAAGGGAGAAAUCAAUGGAUAUUGAUGACUAGUGGAACCUAGUGGCUCAGACAAGAAAUUAGAAACUUGUAAAAUAAAAUGUCCACUUUGGAAAGGAACAAAGUUACAAUUACUGUUUGACUUACUAAAAGUACCUUAUUAGAAGUGCUAGUAAUUUGUUUUGAACGCAAAGGACAAUUAAGUAAAAGCUAAGGUACAGUCCUCUUUCUUUUAAGCAAUUUUUAAGGCUUUACCUUUAGAUCUGAUGGGGAGACAUGGGUGCCAAGUGGUUUGUAUCCUGGUGCCUAUAUCUAAAGGUCAGAGUUUGCAUCCCAGUUGAGUCACUAUCUUGGGUUUUUGGGGAAAAAUUUUCUCUCACCAUGCCUCUCUCCACCUUCAUUCAGUUUCAUUGGUUUCUACUUCACCUUACCAUUGAAUGUUAACAAGAUACAGAAUCCCUAAAAGAUUUCUUUUUUUUUUUGCAUAAGAACCCUAGAGUUACUUUAAUGAAUAGGUUUCAUUAAGAUAGACUACCACAUAACACAGUAAAAUCAAGCUGAUAGUGAGCAUCUCUCAGUGAUUUUCAUUGAGCAGUUUUUAAAUGAAAUGGUAGGUGGCCAAAUGUGAGCUUAAAACAAAAACAAGCAAUCUGCCUGGGGCAUGUGGAAAAUACAAGUUACUGAGUGGCAAUUGGUUUCAGUUGUGCAUCCUAUUGGCUCAGUUUCAAGAAAAAUUAACCUGUCAGUCAGUACAAAUCCAAAGUAUGUCCCUUCCUCACCAUAUGCAGAUGCCCCCCACUAUAUGGGUUCAUUUUGAAAAACACAAAGGUAGAAAAAACAGAGAAACACAAACUGCCUGUGCUGGUUUAUUAUAUAUAACUGACAGGUGUUGUGUCUUAAUGCAGAAAAGUGACGCCAAUCCUUGGUUAAAAUGGCUGACCGAACUUUAAUAAUCACUACCUAAACUACAGUUACACAAUAUACCCUCAACAUGCAUGCAACUUAGCUAUUUAGGUUUACACUCAGGGACCUCUCAUGUCAUGCAUCUUACGUAAUAUUGCACCAAGUGAUGGUUCCUAUUAUUUAAACCCUAAUUCAUUAACACUAUAACAUUAUUUAAACUCUAGUUCAUUAACACUAACAACAUGAUGAUUCACUCAAAACUACACAUUAGUUUUAUGUCAGUGAAUAUAAUAUACUUUACUCUGCCUAUUAAACACUACAUCAUAAAAAUAUAAUUUAUUCUAAGUAAGCAUGUUUAACACAACCAUGACUUGGAGGCUGGAUAAAUUUGUAUAAAUAUGUGUCGCUGAAUAGAUAUUUUAAAAUAUAACUAAAGCAUUUUUUUAGGUUAGGGUAUGAUACAGUUGUAAUAGAUCUGGGCCGAGUUGUUCAAAGGUGGGUUAAGAUAACCUAGGGUUAGUGUGAAAUUUGAUUUCAGAUCUGAAAGCUUUAGA